AUGGCGCCACCACCGAACCAGCAUCACCAACCUCAUCCUCCCGCUCUCCCAACCGUUGCGGAAUCGCGAUGGGAAGACGAGCUCUCUCCUACAACCACAUCCACCAACGGUGCGCCGAUUUCUCCACUUCUACAGCGCGGCCCGCACUAUUCCCUGCAGGAUAAGGCACGAGCGGCGGCCGCGGCGUCCAAGGCAGCUGUCGUGACCUCCGCCGUUAGCGGCGCCGCCGAAGCGCAGCCCAAUGCCGCACCUUACGCAAGCUCCAACACCGAAGGGGACUUCUCCUUUUCUGUUCCUUCAGCGGACCCCGACGGCGCAACAUCCUCUCCUUCCGCUUCCACUUCGGAUCCCCGCACAGCCUCCGCAAGCGCCGACGGCGACUCCGCUGGCAGCAACGGGGGCCAGCGCGCCCCUGCAAGACCGCUGCGGCCGCUAAGCAUCGAGUACCCAUCGGGAACGGCACCUGGAGCGCAAAAAUCGCCGUCGAAUGCGGAGUACACAAGCAGCAGCGCGGCCAUUCCUCGGGCGAUGCCACGUGGCCGCCGCACCGGCACGAGCCCGCACGGCUCUGGCGGUAAUCUUGGAAUAGCGGGGAUCACGGGGAUCGCGGGAAGCACUCGCGCGGCGGAUGGCGGAGAUGACGUGGAAUCGCUGCUUUCUCCUGGAAUGCUGCAUUCUAACCACCCUAAUCUCUACCUCCCUAAUCCGAGGCCGUCUCCUAGGCUCGCGGCGCAUCCGCGGCUCUUCCCGCGGGGUUUGACGUCGCACCCGUCGUCAUCCAACCUCUCGUCGCUGGAUGCGCUUCGCGAUUGGUUUUCGUCAACAUUCGCGCGCCCCGCUGGCGGAACGCCAUUGAGUUCGCCGACCGCUAACGGGACGGGGGACAGGGGAGGGGGAGGUGGUGGAGGGGGAGGGUUUGGCGGAAAGGUGCUGUAUGAUCCCGAGGGGAGGCGCUACUCCUCCCCUAACGUGUACCAGCGCAUAGACCCAGCGAACAACACUCAACUCAAUCUCAACCAGCCGGGCUACAAGGUGAUGCGCAUGCAGGAUGUGGAUUUCCUCUCCACAUGCGCCACGCUGCGCGACUGCCUGGCGGCAGUAAAAGCCUUCUCCGACCAGCACCCGCGGCACCUGCCCAUCACUGUCAACAUCGACUUCGGCGACGGCUUCCCGCUGCUGCGCAAGAUCACCGAAUUGCUCACACCGCCCCUGCCCGUCACGGAACAGAGCCUUCUAGAUCUCGAGCUCGAAAUCCUCUCGGUCAUCCCGCGCUCUCAGAUCAUCACACCAGAUGAGGUCCGUGCGUCCCACGAAACCCUCGCCUCUGCCAUCGCCACACGCACCGCCUGGCCCGCACUCUCUGCCUCCGCCGGCCGCUUCCUCUUCCUCCUCUCCGACUCCAGAGCCCUCCCCAUAUACCGCCAAAUGUCGCCGUCCCUUGAGGGACGAGUGCUGUUCACCGCGCAGACAGCCGCAGGGGAGGGGGACAUCCACAACACGCCGGACCAAGCAGUUCUGAUCGUAGAAACGCUAGACUCCCUCGCGGUGGAUAAAAUCGCCUCUGGGCAUCUGGUGGUGUGUCCCGUUGCGCCGAUGCGGUCCGAACUGGCGGUGUUCAUGUGGGACCAGGCGGUAAGGUCUGGGUGCCAGAUCAUCACAGUGGCUGAUCUGUGGAACGAGCAGACGGAGAAGCCUGUCGGAACGGGGAGCGACGGGACGGAGGGUGGGCUCCCGCGGAGCAGGCGGGGACAGGAAGUGCCAGCACCGUCGUCGUCCUCCUCCUCCUCGGCAGCAUGGGAGUUUGCGUCAGUGACGGCGGCCGAUCAAGGUUCAGAUUCCACAAACACGGGAUCACCUUCACAAACGGUAUCUUCAUCCUCCUCUUCCUCAUCUGAUUCGUCUUCUGAUGGGUCUGUUGGGCUGCCAGGGCCGGGAGGGGCAGGGUUGGGUGGUGUGGACAAGGAGUGGGAGGUGCAGGGGCUGCAUGGGGGCCCGCUGCUGAAGCUGCCGCUGCUGGUGGACGGAGGGGAGGGCGUGCAGGCCAAGUGUCUGAAGCAUCUCAACAAGGAGGAGUGCGAGAAGCAGCAGUGGGUGAAAUUGACUGAGCCUGUUCCUGAAGAGAGGUAG